AUGAGAUACGUGCCAUGGAUUCAGCUGAGGUUAUUUUAGCAGCAAUGAAAAACAAUCCUGAGAUGCCCAUUUUGACUGCUCAUUCCAAUCCUUAUCCAUUUAGUAUGGAGAAGAGCGAGUCUGCCAUUGCCAAAUUGGCUGAAGCUGCUCAAGUAACAGGUAAUACAGAAGAUAGUGAAACAGAAUUACCCAAGGUUUUUGAUCGCACGCACUUGGAUGAUCCUCGCUUUGAAGACUAUUCCAAAAUAUUGAAGCCAAGAACAGGAGGAGAUCUUUCCAGAGUAUUUCCUCCAAAGAUUUGUUCUUGGGCACCCUGCGGAACCUAUCCUUCACCAUUCAAGUCUAAUCCUGAACGUUUUAAUCUUGGUUUAUCGUUUGUGUCAGAUGAAGAGACUGUAUUAGUAGAUAUUAUUGGCCAUGUGACUCAACCAACGGCUUCAAGAGAAUUUCUUCGAGCAGGACCUAGAGAAACCAUAUCUUUCCAUCCCAAGUCUGUCAAAGCUGCAAUAGUGACAUGUGGAGGGCUUUGUCCAGGUAUCAAUAGCGUAGUUCGUGAAAUCUACAACACUCUGCAUCAUUUAUAUGGUGUGGAAGAAGUAUACGGAAUUCCUUUUGGUUAUCGUGGCUUCUAUUCUCCGGAAAUAGAAUAUAUUCGUUUGACGGAUAAAAAUGUUGCUAGUAUUCAUCAUCAAGGAGGUUCACAUCUUGGAAGCUCAAGAGGAGGUUUUGAUUUGAAAAAGAUAGUGGAUGCUAUUGAAGAUAACAACUUUAACCAAGUAUAUAUAAUUGGUGGAGAUGGAACUCAGCGUGGUGCAAUAAAGAUUCAUGAUGAAGUAGUUCAUAGAAAACUCAAAGUAUCGGUAGUUGGCAUUCCGAAAACCAUUGAUAAUGAUAUUGCCCUUAUCGAUAAGAGUUUUGGUUUUGAUACUGCAGUAGAAGAAGCACAACGAGCCAUUCGUAGUGCAGUUGUUGAAGCCAGAAGUGCACAAAAUGGUAUUGGAUUGGUGAAGCUGAUGGGUAGAAAUUCUGGAUAUAUUGCAAUGUAUGCAACUUUGGCCUCACAUGACGUAGAUAUUUGUUUGAUUCCCGAAGUUUCUUUUACCCUAGAAGGAAGUUGUGGUUUGUUGCAGUAUAUUAAAAGUUUGUUGAAAAGAAAAGGAUACUGUGUCAUUGUUGUUGCAGAAGGUGCUGGUAUGGACAUAUUGAAGGAUGAAGUUGAUAUGUCCAAGAGAGAUGCUUCGGGUAAUAUCAAAAUGCCAGAUAUUGGAUUAUUCCUGAAAGACCGUAUCAAUUCCUGGUUUUCGGAACAACAAGGAAUUGAAGUAACAUUAAAAUAUAUUGAUCCUACUUAUAUGAUUCGCAGUAUUCCUGCAAAUGCGAGUGAUUGUUUGAUGUGUGGCUUGCUAGCUCAAUCUGCAGUACACAGUGCCAUGGCGGGUCGAGGUGGUUUUACUAUUGGAGUUAUCAACACUCAAUAUUCCAUUAUUCCCAUGCAUGAGCUGUGUUCUAGAGGAAGAAUCAAGGUAUUUCAAGUCGAUGUAAACAGUCGUAUGUGGCAUCGAGUAUUGGCCACCACAGAACAGCCUGACUUUCGUGCAUAAGCAAACAUGAAUAUUAUUGCGCAGUUAUGUUGCGUGUAAAAUCGAUAAAUAUUUUGUAUAAAAUUCGAGAGAAGAAAAAUGCUCCAUCCACAUAAGAAACGAGCAUUUUGUGGAUAAUUUGAAUUUUGGUAAAGUCGCUCACAUUCCAAAAAUUCCAUUGCG